AUGCAUAUGGAGAAAAGUACAACCCUUGGGUCUUUCACAGCAAUAUUAUCCAGAAACAUCAAUAUGGUCCAUUGUCAACAAUUAGAAAACUUUGGAUUUUUUAAAGCAAGUGAAAUACCACACAGAUUUGAUAUUAUUAACAACAAAGCCGUCAGUUGUAAAUUCGAUGAUAAAACAAAACAACUUGUAAUGGAGUUGCUUAUGUAUUUUAAGCUGAAUUGGUUAGAAAAGUGGCCAAUCAAAUUGUGGUGCCAGUUCAAUCAAAAAUUGAGGACUGAUAAUUUGAGUGAAUCUUAUCAUUCAGCACUCGUGAAAAGGCUGUGUUGUAAGAAACCAACUUUGAACAAAUUGUUAAUCACUUUAAUGAAACACAAAGAUUCGGAAUUGUUAAAAAUUAAUCAAAUGGAUAAGGGGAAGAAUCAUUUUAUUAACAGACCAACACUAUACACAAUCUAA